ACGGAACACACAGGCAGCAUACAAUCGGGAUCAGCCUACAGAGACGGUGUGGAGACCGACGGGCGCAGUGACUGUGAGACGGAAAGCCCAGCAACAAAACAGGCAGACCAAGCAAGCUCAAGGAGUUUAGCUAGUGUCGUCAAGCAUAGUCGAUAGGACCCGCUCGUUGGGCAUCACCCACCCCAGAGUACAGUGGCAGCCGCACGACCGUUACCUUCUCCCACCGCUGCUUCUGCCGCAGCACCAGCAGCUAAAAGGAGUGCAAGAAAUCAGUGCUGUAGUCAGCUCUAAUUUUUCUGAGUCGAUCGGAUAUUGUGUAUGAACUCCCAAGUUUCGAGUUCAAUACCGGGUUUCAUAAAUGCUUGAGUCGCGACCACCGGAACGAGAUGGCUGACCGAAACGCACAGUUCGGAGCGUCGGAAAAGUGAGUGCUCGUGCGAGUGCUAGAUCAUACGAGAGCCGUGAAGUGAUCAGUGGUCUUCGAGUCUACGCUUCGCCCACUCCGUUGGAUGAAGAUCUCGGAACUGCGGUAGAAGAUCUCCACGAGCAGGCCGAGGGAGGAUUUUCACUGUAAGGCAAGGCCGAUGAUGGCUACUAAAUCUCCAGGGAAUCUAUCUGCCAGAUAAUGGUUCGAAGCUUCGGACACCGCUGAAAGCUUCGAAGAAGAAGUCCGGUUCGAGACAAUCCAUUUUGGCUACUCAGGGAAAUCGGAUACCAGCUGAUCAGAAGAAAGGAGCCUCUUCAUUCCAGGACGCGAGAGAGAGUCCCCCAACGGCACAGCUUCCUAUUCCGAAAGCUCAAUUCAACCAGGCGGAAACGAUGGAGGGCAGAAAAUGUCGUCUCAUUAUGAUGUUCGUCCUCACGGCGGGCUUCUUCCUCGUGGAAAUAACAGUCGGUUAUGUGACCAACUCGAUGGCUCUGGUCGCGGACAGCUUCCACAUGUUGUCGGACGUGGUAUCACUUAUCGUUGCCUUCAUGUCCAUAAAAAUGUCACCGAAGAAAUGGUCGAAAAACACCUUCGGCUGGGCUCGAGCUGAGGUGCUGGGCGCGCUGGUAAAUGCGGUGUUCCUGGUGGCAUUAUGCUUCUCAAUCCUUGUUGAAAGUUUAAAACGGUUCUACAAGCCCGAGACCAUUGAUGAACCCGUACUCAUUCUGUGCGUUGGCGUCGCGGGCCUGGUUAUCAACAUCAUCGGACUCUUCCUCUUCCACGAGCACGGCCAUUCUCAUGGAGGACAUGGACACAGUCAUUCGCACGAAACAGGUCAAAUCAAAGGGAGUCCCAAUUCUUCCAACGAUCCAUCGUUGAAUGGAUCACCUACAUUAAAACAGAAGAGACCUGCCAGUCUCAACAGAGAUCAUAUGAGCGUCCCUUCGAUCGAUAACGGCUUGAAACACAAUAACAAGAUCCAAUAUGAGAGCGAAGACGACCGGAACAGCGAGGACAGUGAGGACAGCGAGACAAAAGCCGUGAAACAGCUCAGACACCCCGUGGCGGCGGGAUAUCUCAACAUUCGCGGAGUUUAUCUGCACAUCCUGGCUGAUGCUCUCGGCUCAGUAGUGGUCAUUAUCUCAGCCCUCAUCAUCUGGAAGACCGAUUGGGAAUACAGGUUCUUCGUCGACCCGGCCCUGUCCCUCAUCAUGGUUUGCUUGAUCAUGAAGUCCACCAUGCCGCUGCUCGUCGAUUCCGCUCUCAUCCUACUUCAAACGGUGCCGACUCACAUCCAAAUUGACUCCCUCCAGCAAAAAUUGAUUCAAGAAAUCGAUGGGGUGUUGGCUGUUCAUGAGUUCCAUGUUUGGCAACUCGCCGGUGAACGAAUUAUCGCCUCUGCUCACAUUAGAUGCCGUAGCCUACCCGACUACAUGCGAAUCGCUGGGAAAGUCAAAGAGUUCUUCCACAACGAGGGCAUCCAUUCUACGACAAUUCAACCGGAGUUCAUCAGUGCCGGUGAACACUACGCCGAUUCGAAAGAUUGCUCCCUGGAGUGUCCGCUCGACGAGGUGAAUAACUGUGUACAGCAGAAGUGCUGUCUCGCCCCGACGCCUCCCAAUCAGAAAGGUUCUCCGUCGCUUCCACAAGUUCGCAUCGUUCCUCGGGAGGAAGCGUCAACGCAGACCCCCAUGUAGAUAUGUUUGUAGGAUGCCAGAACAAAGCGAUUAUUCUUGUGGUCGACUGUCAGCGGAGGCGGAAGUAUGCGUACAAUUUAUGCAAGCGAUGCAAUAUGGAACGAGCAGAAGUCGCGGAGGUUCCUUGCGGCGAGUGUACGGAACUUCGGAUGGAUGGUACUGUACAUAUGAAGGAAAACGGGCAUUCCGCCAAGGCACGAUCGAAUUCAGGCUUCGAGAGCUGAUUCGGAAGCUCCGUCGUGCCAGCUAACAAAGGAGGAAUCAGAAGCGCGCAGCUAACUCAUAUCGAGUGUCGGCGAU